CUCUCAUCUCUAGCCCCACCCUUUUCUAAGCUUGCACUUCCCGCUCUCCUGCCAGAUCUCACAUUAUCAGUGAAUUACAAGAUUGACUGGCCUUUAAAACCAGUUCUCAUUCAAGAGACAAAGGCUUCUCGAAGGAUGUCUGCCGCUACUCAGGAAGAAGAUGAGCUGCCCUCUAAUCACACAGGGCCAAAAGGUGUAAUUAAUGACUGGCGAAGGUUUAAGUUGGACAGUGUGGAUCAAACAGUCCCUCAAAACAAGAGAGAGCUGCUCAGACAGAUGUCCAGCCCUCGGGAGGAUGACAAGGAGAGACUCAACAGGAAGAUGAGCGUUCAGGAGUACGAGCUGAUCCAAGAUGAGGAUGAAAGUUGCCUCAAACGCUACAGAAAACAGUGUAUGCAGGAAAUGCAUGAGCGCCUGAGCUUUGGUCCCAAGUUUGAGUUGGUCUACGAGCUCGAGAGUGGAGACGCCUUCCUUGAAGUCAUAGAGAAGGAACACCGGCUGACCCUUGUGGUGGUCCACAUCUACCAGCAUGGGGUCAAAGGUUGUGAGGAGCUGAACUCGUGUCUGGACUGUUUGGCUACUGAAUACCCCAGCGUUAAAUUUUGUCGUAUUGAUGCUGUGGCCACGGGUGCUUCUGAGCGCUUCUCCUCUGAGGUUCUUCCUGCCCUGCUGGUGUACAAGGCUGGUGAGUUACUGGGUAACUUCCUGGCUGUUACCAAACACUUCAACGAAGAGUUCUUUGCAACGGAUGUGGAAGCGUUUCUCAAUGAAUAUGGCCUCCUACCCGAGAGGGAAUUCACAGCGUGUGCUGAUGAUGAGGACGAGGGAGGGGAAGUGGAAUAGAAAAAUGAUGUAGUGGAAUGGAGGGAAGUGAAUAAAAGCAGAAGGGGGGGCAGACAAAGGAUGGGUGGAAAUGACAUUAAAGGGGUAAAGAAAAGAAGUGGAGGAACAGUAUUUCAGUCAGGACACACGCAAGUAACAAAAACAUAAACACUGCAUGUACAGAAACGCACUUUAUAGGAAACAUCCAUCAGCCCACUGACUGUACUUAGACACAGUUAGGAUUAAACCACAGACAGUGAGGAGGUCUGUGCUGAAAUACUGCUUGGCAGUCAUGUCAUAGCUCUCUAAUAAAAUAUAUCUUUAUCACAGUG